UUCUCACGUGAGCGAUCAACUUGUUGUCUCUUCCCACGACAUUACACGGUUCAGGGGAAAACAGAUUUUCCGUUACAUCCUUGAGAAAUCACCCAAAUGAAUGCAGAUUUCGUUUUGUAUAAAAUUAUAUCGAUUUCAAUUAAUUUCAUUUUACGAAAAUGCGCAGCACGACUGAAUUGACAACUGGAUCUUAGCAGACGACAAAAUUUGUGUUACACGUGUCAUAGGAGUGGUAUAAGUUGCAUUAGAAAUUUUCGAACCAAUGUUCAUGUAAAAUGACUCUACAAAGGUGUAAUUUGUUGUUAAUCUAUGGAUCACAAACUGGACAAGCAAAGUCGAUUGCAGAAGACAUUAAAGCGAAGGCUGAAAGCCAGAAUUACGAUGUUGAAAUGUUGUCCAUGGACGAAUCAGUGGAAAAGAUGCCAUGGAAGGAUUUUAGAUUUGUCAUCUUUAUUACAUCAUCGACUGGUGAUGGAGAUCCUCCUGAAAAUGCAUGCAUAUUUUGGAGGAAGAUUCGCUCGAAAGACUUGAACGAAGAUUAUUUGAAACAUUUAGAAUAUGCUUUACUCGGAUUGGGUGAUACAAACUACACAACUUUCUUGGGCUAUCCUAAAAGCGUUGAGAAACAGCUUCAAAAGCUUGGAGCCAAGCAGUUUUACAAGUCUGCUUGGGCAGAUGAUGCAGUAGGACUGGAGAUUGUGGUUGAUCCUUGGAUUGAAAACUUAUGGCCUGCUCUGGAAAACCAAUUGGCUCAUCCACAUACAUUACCUGAUCUAGUUUCAGUUGCCAACAUUCAAACAGAGUCACCCAAUACCAAUCUUCCAGAAGUUAAAAUUAUUUCAAAGGUGGAUCAACCCUUGGCAAUGCCCAUCCAGAAAGAACUAGAAGAAGAGUUGGAAAAAUUUGUUGUUGCAUUAGCUAGUUUGAAAGUGUCUGUAUCCCCACUUAGUGAAUGUGAUUUAAAAGUUCCAUUACUUCCAGUGUCUUAUUUGGAACUAAAAUUCAAUGCUGAACUUAUGUUUUUCCCUGAAGAUGUCUUGCGAAAGCCAAUGCCUUCUUCCAGAAGCGCUGUUUUUCAAGCUAGAAUUAAAAGUCUUAAAAAACUUACUGGGGAAAAAGCUUUGAAAACAACUUUGCAAGCUACGUUAGAAUUCUGUCCAGCUGAAAUUGAAUACCAGCCAGGGGAUUCUAUUGGAGUUUGUUGCGCAAACAGCGCUGAAGAAGUGGAUUCGCUUCUUCGUCGAUUAAACAUGAUCGAGCAAGCCGAUACACCAUUCAAAUUGAAAAUCAAGGAAGAAUUUGCUGCGCUCAAAUCCGGUGCCAAACCCAAGUACGAAGUCCCGUCUCAUUUACCGACCUUAGCUACCCUACGAUUUGUAUUGACUCGCUGUUGUGAGAUACGAAGCGUACCACGUAAAUCUCUUAUCCGAAUUCUUGCCGAAUGCUCAUCAAAUGAGCUUGAAAAACGUCGUCUUAUGGAACUAUGCAGUCUUCAAGGGUCUGACGAUUAUACUCGUCUUGUCCGUCAGCCCGAACUCAAUGUUUUAGAUUUUCUCAAUACCUUCACAUCGUGCCAUCCGCCAAUCGAACGUCUACUGGAACAGUUGCCUCGUCUGUUAGCCCGACCUUAUUCGCUGAGCUCGUCACCAUUACAAGAUUCCAAAUCUGCUAGUUUUGUGUUCAAUGUUGUCGAAUUCCCCAUUCAAGACGGCCGUACCUAUGAAAGGAAGGGUGUAGCAACUGGUGAAUUGUAUCGGAUGUUUGAUAAAAUGAAGAACACUGAUUCAGCUGAAAGUGGCGCUUCAAAUUCUAGUUGUCGGGAAUAUUCUCUCUCCAUAUUCUUGAGAUCCAGCAACGGAUUCUGCUUGCCCAAGAGCUCUGAAACCCCUUUGAUUCUCAUUGGACCUGGCACAGGAGUGGCGCCUUUCUUAGGGUUCUUAGCUCACAGAGAAGAGCUCUUGAAAUCGAACCCAAACCUCCCGUGCGGACCUGUUUGGCUCUUCUAUGGUUGCAGGACCAGAGAUCAAGAUUACCUCUUCAAAAAUGAGCUGGAGAGGUGGCAUUCGAUAGGGAUCCUCACGAGAUUGCUCGUGACUUUCUCCAGGGAAGCUAAUCCUCCCCAACCGAAAUAUGUCCAGGAUUUGAUUCGACAGUACACGACUCCGCUGGUGAAGUUGAUUGAAAAGGGGGCUUGCAUUUACGUUUGUGGUGAUGCCAAAAACAUGGCCAAAGAUGUUAUGCAGGCUUUAAUCUCUGCAUUCCAGACUGCGCGCCAAAUGGAGGAGGAAGAAGCCAAAAAGGCAGUCAUUCAACUCCAAAUAGAAAAGCGAUAUUUGCAAGAUAUCUGGACUUGAAAAGUUCAUUUGAAGCCAAUUUUUUUUUUUCAAUUUGACUAGUUGACAUCUUAAGUAGCUCUUUUCCUUUCUCUCGCUUGUUUUCCAACCACCCAAUGACUCGUCAGUCAAGUUGCGUUCCCUUCUUGACGAUAAAAUGACCACGGCAGCUUUC